GUCACCUCUAGGUAUAUCCUGCUUCCCAGAUUCACGUAUAUUCUAAGUUAACGUAUCUUGCUUUACAUCUUUCCCUCCAUUCAAAUCACAACGCAGUUACAGAGUUAGCCACUAUGCCUCUGAAACCCCCACCUGCUCCUCCCAUUGCCAUUGUCGGCAUGGGUAUGAGGCUACCAGGUGGGAUAUCAACAGCAGAAGGCUUUUGGGAUCUGCUGGUCAAUAAGAAAAGUGGUAAAUGCCGUGUACCAGACAGUCGCUACCAUGUGGAUGCCUUCUCUGGUGAUCAGACACACCAGCAAAAUGUUGCAACCGACCAGGGAUACUUCCUCGAUGUCGAUAUCAAGGCCUUUGAUGCAGGGUUUUUCAAUUUUCCGAGAAUGGGGUUGGAUAUUACUGACCCUCAGCUCCGACUACUUCUUGAAGUUGUCUGGGAAUGCAUGGAAAGCGCCGGGCAGACAACUUUGUGCAGUACAAACACUGGAGUCUUUGUUGGUACCUUUGGAGAGGAUUGGCACAAUAUUCUUCAUAGAGAUACUUCGACACCGAAUCUAUAUCGAGCUAUUGGCUCUGGCGACUACAGUCUCUCCAAUGUGCUUUCAUGGCAGUAUGAUUUGAGCGGCCCAAGCAUGACCAUCCGGUCAGCAUGCUCGUCGUCUCUAUCGGCUCUUCAUAUAGCUUGCCAAGCCCUGUAUAAUGGUGAUUGCCCAGCAGCUAUUGUUGCAGGCUGUAGCCUGAUCAUGGAUCCUACCAUGACCAUCGACAUGUCGCAAGGUGGCAUCCUUUCUUCCUCUGCAUCAUGCAAGACGUUUGACGCAGACGCAGACGGAUUUGCACGUGGAGAGGCCAUCAACGCGAUCCUUUUGAAACCGCUGGAGGAUGCAUUGCGAGAUGGUGAUCCCAUCCGUGCGGUUAUUCGAUCUACGUCAGUAAAUUCCGACGGCAGGACGACUUCUAUUGGCACUCCAAACCAAGCGGCGCAGACUCAGAUGAUUCGAAGAGCGUACGAGAGAGCAGGGAUUGAGGACUUCUCCAAAACACCAUUCAUUGAGUGUCAUGGAACAGGUACUAUCCGCGGAGACCCGACUGAAGCAGCGGCAGUGGCCAAAGUGUUUGGGGACCGCGGCGCAUAUAUUGGUUCUGUUAAAACAAAUCUAGGCCAUGGCGAAGGCGCCGCUGCUUUAACUAGUAUUAUCAAGGCAGUUCUUUCGCUCGAAAACACAACUAUACCCCCGAAUAUCAACUUUUCGACGCCUAAUCCCAACAUCCCGUUUGAAGAAUAUAAGCUUCAAGUCCCGGUGGAACCCAUUCCCUGGCCCAAGGAUCGGCAUGAGCGAAUCAGCAUCAAUUCAUUUGGUAUUGGAGGAGCAAAUGGACAUGUGAUUCUUGAUUCCGCUGCUUCAUUCGGGGUCAAAACAAAGGCUCUUACAAGACAACCAUCCGAGGUGUCUACUACGGAUCUCGGCGCUAUUUCUAUGCAAGCUUCGGAAAACUCAUCCGAUGAUUCUUCCGAGACCAAAUCCGAAUGGGAAGUCAUCUCGGAGAUGUCCUCGGUGGAAUCAUCCGAAGAUAUCCCCAAGAUACAAGAAAGCCGCUCAUUGAAAAAGAUACUAGCCAAUCGUAUCAAGACAAACGCUGCAGAAUCUGUUAAGAAUGUUGCUAUAGAACGCACUAAUCAGUCGCUUCCGUUUCUUCUCCCAAUCUCAGCUGAGAGUGAACGCUCACUUGAGGGUCGGAUUCAUGAUCUGAAACAAUAUCUUGAUGAUCGGCCAGAGUGUCUUGGUAGCGCAGCCCAUACGCUUAGUCUUCGACGAGUUCAUCUCAAACACCGAGCCUUUGCUGUUACGACAGCAUCCACAGAUGGAUUAUUAGAAUUCGAGCCUCGUGAGAAGGCUUCCACAGCUGUUAGUAGCGACGAUGGUAUCGCAUUUGUCUUCACUGGCCAAGGUGCACAGUGGCCCGGUAUGGGCCGUAGCCUCCUUGCCACAAUCCCUAGUUUUCUUGAAGAUAUCAGAGCUAUGGAUGAGGUCCUUCAACAAUUAACACCGCCACCCGCUUGGAACAUGGAAGAAUUCCUCAGCCACUCCCACCAAACCAAUGCACAAGACGUCAACAAAGCAGAGUUUUCUCAGCCUCUUUGUACAGCCAUCCAAAUAGGAUUGGUUAAUUUCCUAUCAAAAUGCGGCAUAUCACCAAAGGCUGUAAUGGGCCACUCGAGUGGCGAGAUUGCCGCGGCGUAUAGUGCAGGGGCCCUUACAAUGUCCGAGGCAAUUCUCGCGGCGUAUUUUAGAGGACUUGCGACAAAGAGCCCAGAAUGUAGUCGCGGUGGUGGCAUGGCAGCUGUGGGACUGGGCAAGGAGGCAUUUGCAACAUAUGCUAAUGAGGGUGUUCGAGUGGCCUGCGAAAACAGUCCAACUAGCAUCACCAUCUCCGGUGACUUGGAUGUCGUCCACAGUACUCUGGAGGCAAUCAAAUCCGCAGAUGCGGCAGUAUUUACUCGCAUACUUCCCGUUAAUAUCGCAUACCAUUCAGAUCAUAUGAGGAAGAUUGGGCAAAUAUACGAAGAUAUGCUUAAGCCUCACCUGUCAGCUCGCGCUCCAGACUGUCCUUUCUAUUCCACUGUCACUGGAGGUUGUGCCCAGGUCGAGACUAGACUUGACGCCGAGUACUGGCGGCGCAAUUUAGAGUCUCCAGUCUUAUUCAAUACGACAAUGGCAAAGCUGCUGAAUAACGUGCCCGAUGUAUCAACCAUCCUGGAAAUUGGUCCUCAUCCCGCUCUACGAGGCCCUAUCGGCCAGAUCUUGAAGCAAGAUCGACAAAAACACGGGCCAAGUACGAAAGGGUCGCCCAACUAUGUUGCAACUUUACGCAGAGAAGAAACCCCAUGCUCAUCCCUUCUAGUCGCUGUUGGCAAACUAUUUGUUCUUGGACACGAUGUGGAUUUCGCGAACCUUUGCCCUCCAGCGCCUGUUCUGACAGACCUACCUAACUACCCGUGGAAUCGAGACCAAAGGUUUUGGAAGGAGAGUCGUCUUUCAGAGGCCUGGAGACUGCGAAAGCAUCCGCAUCAUGAGUUACUGGGUUCCAGAUGCGCUGAAGCAGCAGAAUCGGAACCUAUGUGGAGAAAUGUGCUUCAUCACUCCGAUGUUCCAUGGCUCGCCGAUCACAAAGUCGAGUCUGAUAUUGUUCUUCCCGCUGCCGGUUAUAUAGCAAUGAUGGGCGAAGCCAUAAGACAGUAUCUAGGCUCCCAAGCUUAUGAGUUGCGGAACCUGAUGAUAAAAUCUGUUCUCUUGGUGCCCCCAAAAAACCCCGUUGAAGUGAUAACAACCAUGAGGCCACUGCGACUUACAGGUCUUUCCAAUUCAGCGUCAUGGUGGACUUUCUCAAUAUCAUCAUUUGAUGGAACGAGCUGGGUCGAGAAUUGUAUGGCUGAAGGCAAGAUAGCCGAGGAAAGAAGCUCCGAAGGUAAUGCGAUGGCUGAUAUUCCGCCGCAUGUACGCCAGGUCCCUACCGGAUACUUUUACAACCAUAUACGCCACCUGGGUCUCAAGUGCGGCCCAUCAUUCCAACUGCUUAACGAUACAUUUGCACACACAACAGACUAUUCCGCCAUCGGUACGCUGCACAAUGAUGUGGCCAAGUAUGAAGCUCCCUAUGCCGUCCACCCGGCUGUAAUCGACGCCUGUGUGCAACUUACCGUUCUCGCCUACUGCAGGGGAAUCUCGCGGGAGCUGAAAAAUCUCGCCCUUCCUGUUGAGAUUCAGCACAUCGUGAUAUAUCCAGGAACAGGCGACCUAGAUGCCAAGGCUACGAUAGCCCCCGAAACAUACGCUGGAACUGCCUUAGCCGCUACCAAGGACGGCAAUCUGGUGGUUAAGCUUGAGAAUGGACUUUAUGUCCCCUUCAACACCGGCCAGCACUUAUCAAACAAAGCCCCUUUGCAUGCAGCGCGCGUGGAGUGGCUCCCAGAUAUCGACUGCCUAGAAAACACCAAUGAGCUACUGACACUUCGCCGAAGCAACAUUGAUAAACUCACGCUUGCUGAAAAGGGAUGUAUUCUUAGCAUCCUACAACUUGUCGACGUCAUGGAGUCUCUCAAAACACCGCUCUCCGGCCACUUUAUCAAAUAUGGUGCGUGGCUGGCUAAAGAACGAAACUUGAUUCUUCAAGGUCAGCCCGAUGAUAUUGAUCCUGAGGCUCGACAGUGGGCAUCCCUGGAUACGGAUGCGAGAGAAAAGUUGUUGGAUGCAUUAGUCGAGCAAGUUUCGGAUCCUGAAAACGCAACGCUAUGCGGAACCAUCAAAAUCUACCAAGCCUUAAGCCGACGUUCAAGAGCUGAACCUAUCUUGACAGGACAGGCGAACCCGUUAGAACUGCUGCUGGAAGAUGACGGAUUGCGUCAUUUCUACGACUUGUUGAACGAGCCAGUAAACAUAGACAAGUUUGUCUCGCUCUGUGCGCAUUCCAAACCAGUGAUGAAGGUCUUAGAGAUCGGAGCUGGCACUGGGGCCAUGUCGGAAGUCUUUCUUAAGAGCCUUGUGUCGGACAGUCGCUUGAGAAUGUAUUCCCAAUAUCUCUUUACAGAUUUAUCUUCCGAUUUCUUUGCUCCCGCAAAGGACCGUCUCAAGGCGUUUGAUCAGGUAGAGUAUAAGGUUCUUGAUAUUGAAACAGAUCCUGCCGAACAAGGCUUUGAACUUGGGUCUUUCGAUCUCAUUAUCGUCUCCAAUGUCCUUCAUGCUACAUCUACUAUACGCGUUGGAUUAGAGAAUAUUCGAGCACUUCUUCGUCCAGGAGGGCGACUAUAUCUCCAUGAACCGGUCUUCUCUAUGAGAUGGAGACUGCUGCACAUAUUUACUGGUCUUCUACCUGAGUGGUGGAUUGGGCAAGACGACGACCGUUCCGAAGAUCCAUGCGUGUCGGUUCAACGAUGGGCGGAUGAACUCGAGUUAACAGGCUUUUCGGGUACUGAUGUCGUCACAUUGGACGAGGAAGAUCCAAAGAAUGCUGUUUGCGCUCAUAUCAUCAGCACGAAUCCUGCACCAGUACCUGACCCAAAUACUAUACUCCUGCUAUAUCAUGUUGAAAAACCUGAGUUUGGAUAUAGACUGGCCGAAGCACUAGAGCAGCAAGAUGUCCCGACUCAGUGGGUGAAGCUUGGCCAUGAAGAUGACUUCAUUGACGGACUAGACACCAUCUCCACGAUUGACCUUGAGGGGCCAUUCUUCAACGAAAUCUCCGAAGAGGACUAUAAGACCUUUUUAGGCUAUCUUGCCAAGUUCAAGAGUGAAUCUGGCAUGUUGUGGCUCACUCGGCCCGCCCAAAUUGGUUGCACGGAUCCUGCGUAUGGAAUUAGCAGUGGCUACAUCCGCUCGAUACGUCUUGAGCUCGGAAUUGACUUUUGGACGCUCGAGCUGGACAAUCUCAACGUAUCAGCCAUAACCUCCACCAUGGCCGUCUGUAAGAAGUUCCGCCAACGGUCUCCUUCGAACGAAACGAUAGAUUCGGAAUAUGCGGUCAAAAAUGGUACUGUCUACACCGGCCGCUACCAUUGGGUAUCAAUAGAAGAAGAACUCCGAUAUGAGCGGAAUAACGACCCAAAGAAGCUCCUCCUUGGCCAGCCUGGAGUUCUUUCGUCAAUGGAGCUGGUUCAUUGUGAUGCCAUCCAGCCGUUGGAUGAUGAGGUGGAGGUAGAUGUUCGCUAUAUGGGCGUGAACUUUAGAGAUGUUAUGGUUGCGAUGGGCAUCAUUAGAAGCUCAACUGAUGACUUUGGCCUGGAGGCUUCUGGAGUCAUCACCAAGAUAGGUAAGGCGGUGGCUGAUCUAAAGGUUGGAGAUCGUGUCGUCGUUCUUGGAGAAAAGAUGUUCACUACCAGAAGGGUCUUGCCAGCCAAGCAUAUACACCGUAUACCCGAGGGCAUUAGCUUGGAAGAGGCGGCCACCAUUCCAGUUGUCUACAUCACAGCAAUCCAUGCUUUAUGCAACCUGGGCAAUCUUUCCCAGGGACAGAGCGUCCUGAUUCAUUCGGCAGCAGGCGGUGUUGGCCAAGCCGCUAUUCACAUCAGUCAGAUUAUCGGAGCUGAGAUAUAUGCUACUGUGGGAAAUGACGAAAAAGCUCAGCAUUUGGUAGAUCAGUUUGGUAUAUCUCGGGAACGAAUCUUCGACUCACGGAGCAGCUCAUUCCGCGACAAUGUUCUACGCGCUACAGGUGGACGAGGUGUUGAUAUCGUACUGAAUUCCCUUUCUGGGGAACUACUUCAUGCUUCAUGGGAGUGUGUUGCUAAGAACGGUAAGAUGAUGGAGAUUGGCAAGCGGGAUAUGCUCGCUCAUGGCCAUCUCGCCCUGGAUGGAUUCCAAUCGAACCGCACAUUCUAUGGCGUGGAUAUUCGCGAUCUUGGGUCUGUGCUACCGAGGUCGAUGGAUAAAUUCGCGGAGCUCCUCGAUAAACGGCAACUGAAGCCAAUCCAGCCUAUCCACGUCUUUUCCAUGGAGCAAGCGCCAGACGCUUUUCGGUUUAUGAAGGCAGGUCAGCAUUUUGGUAAGAUUGUCAUUAAAAUGCCCGAGGCAACAGAGACAAUAAUAGUACGAAAGCCUCAUGAGCCUACCUUGCUAUCACCAACAUCCACCUAUCUGCUUGUUGGAGGGUUGGGUGGCUUAGGAAAAGAGAUCGCCAAGUGGAUGGUAGAAAGAGGAGCUAGAUCCUUCCUUUUCCUAUCACCCUCGGCCAACGAUCGGUCAAAGCACGGAUGCUUCUUCAAAGAGCUAGAGACUCAAGGGUGUCGCUUGACCUUGAUCAGCGGCAGCGUAAUCGACAUGGCGGAUGUCGUGAAGGCUAUCGAGGCUGCACCGACAGCAAUUGCAGGCGUCGUACACAUGCCUAUGACUCUAAGGGACUUGCCUCUUCUUGAAGUCACGUAUGAUGACUGGCGCGCGGUCCAGGAUCCCAAGGUCAAGGGGGCAUGGAAUUUGCACAAGGCACUUUCGACAAACGCCUUGGAAUUCUUCGUCCUCUUCUCGUCCAUUGUAAGCGUAACAGGACACCCGUGCCAGUCAAACUACGCCUCUGCAAACUCUUUCCUAGACUCGUUCGUGCAGUUCCGACACGGCCUUGACCUUCCAUGCUCCGUCAUUAAUCUUGGUGCGGUGGAAGGAAUCGGGAUCCUCGAAUCUCAGCCCCAAAAGCUAAACCAACUCCGACAAUUAGGCGUAUAUAUCCUCCAGGAGGAGCAUGUGAUGCAAGCCUUCCGCAUUGCCAUUCAGAGAGGCUCUAGCGCUGAUGGCCUCCAGCCUGUUGGAUCCCAGAACGCACUAGUAACCAAGUCACAACUCGUGGUUGGCCUACGAACAACGAGGUCUCUUGCCGAGUCAAGAAAUACCAGACUUUUCACCAGCGAUGUUCGGUUCAGUAUGUAUCUUAACCUCGAUACCGAAGACAAGCUGGCCUCGACAGGACAAGACGACGAGCUCCAAGCGCUUUUGCGAGAUGCAGAACAAGAUCCAACCUUGCUCGAUCUCCCGGAGGCCCUGAAACGUACGUCAUGGGAGAUUGGCCUUACGCUUUUCAGAUUCCUCGCAUUGCCGCUGGAAGACUUGGACACUAGCAUGACGCUGCAGUCGAUUGGUGUAGACUCGCUCGUCAGCAUUGAGAUUCGUAACUGGUGGAGAAAGACGAUGAAGACGGAAGUUACGGUUCUGGAGAUCAUGAAGGCUGGUACGAUAAAUGGACUGGGAAGGCUUGCCAUUUCGUCCAUAAAACAGACGCUCGGCAUCGCUGAAGAUGCUGCGCCUGCUGGCGAUGGUGCAUCCGCGAAGGGCUACGUCGCUUCUUCAGCGCCGCCGUGAGUCCUUUCAGGGAGAACGGUCCCUAUUUGAUUAUUUAUAUAGCUAGCUAUAUGGCAGUAGUCGCUCA